GGAUAUUAGAAAGCUGAACUGUAAUUAAUGUUAGCGAUUUCGUAUAUAAACAUUCACACAUACUGGGUUGCGUCAGUCGUGAGCAAGAGGUAGAAGGCAACAGAUUCGUCGUCAGAAAUUGAUAAUUAACAAUCUAAACAUGUUUUGUUCAAGAUUGAUGAAGGAGUUUAAAUUUUUAAGAAUUAGACAAAUACAUUCUACUAUCAUUAAGUAUGAAGAGAAAGCAGCUCCUGAUAAGGCUAAUAAGCCAUCAGGAAGUCUAAGGAUGGAAGAAGAUAUAUUAGGGUCACCUCUUCAUACUUGUACUAAUCUUGAUAAAAAAAUAUUAGUGUGGGUUAAACGUUUUCCUAGUUUAGCUGAGGUUCCAGAUCAAGUAACUAUAGAUUGUAUGCAAAAAGCACACACUAAAGCAAGAGUACGUGUAUGUUUCAUACUGAUGGGAAUUUCUAUAGCUGCUUUUAUUGGAUCUGUUAUAAUGGGAAAGAGAGAUGUAGCAUCUGGGAAAAAUAUAUUGACAGAAAGAUUGAAGUACUAUGAAAAAGUAAGAGAACAAGCGAAUGCAGAGAAGCAAAACAAAGGAAAAGAAUAAUGUAUUUCAGUAUUAUUAUAAAUAUUCGAAAUGCAAUAAUAAAA